AAAACAAUAAUUCCAGACACGAACUGUCAUAGCGUAACAACGUCAAAAAAUCAACCACGCCAUGACAUGAACACAUUUUAUAUAGUUAUUUACAAAAUUAUCAGUUUUAUUAUGAAGUGAAUUAAACAAUAGACAAAAUGGAUCACUAUUUAACGACAUAUCGAAAGGACUACUUGUGGCCCAAUUUGCCUGGCGCCGGGGGAGCAGCGGAGGCAGGCGGCUUGGCUGAGGUCCCAAAGUUGUCAGGCGAGGAGCUAGCGUUCUACCAAGCAUGUAUGCAGCACACGCGCCCGCCCGACUGUCGGUGCCCGCAGUACUCUGGUGGAGAAAUGCCACAACUCCCGCCGGGGAAAGAAAGCGGUUGGAGCAGAAAUGAGAUCAUGGGACCAAUGUUGGAUCCAAAGCUGUACCCGGUGAGAGUAGGCGCGAGUCCAGAAACGCCAACGUCUCGAUACGACCAGCCCAACGCUUUCUUGGACAAGCUGCAGUCGAAAUAUCCAAUGCUGUACAGCAUCUUGCAGAACGAAGCGUCGCCAGAAUUAAAACAACGCAUCGAUCGCGAUCGAAACAAGACCACGUACCAAAAGGAUUAUUGUGAAACUGGUCCUGGAGCUAAAUUCGAAGGUCUGCAAAGGGCAGCAGAUGAUAGCGGCACGGGUCCUUGCGCCCAACCGAUGCGGCUGCCGGGAGACCCGUGCAGGGUGGGCCUCAAGCCCAGAAUGUCAACGCCUAAGACCAUAUCAAAACAAGGCGGCGGCGGUGCCAGCGACCCCAGAGCUAAAUGCGAAACCACAUCAGCAGUACCACCGCUGGGCAAGAGCGAGUACCAGGACGGCGUAUCGAAGCUGGGAGCUAACAUCAUGCGCGACAAGCUUCACAGGCGAUAAAGUUACAUCCACAGCAAUCAUGGAAUCAUUUCACAA